AUGGUAUCCCACGCCCCCGCAGUACCAAACAGCAAAGAACACAAGUACAAUCCAGAGUUCACAGCCGCGGUGAUCAAUGCGACGGGCCCGAAAGCGACGCCUAGAGUGCGACAGUUGACCGCGGGCUUGAUAAACCAUCUCCAUGACUUUGCGCGGGAAAAUGAGCUCACAGUGGAUGAAUGGAUGGUGGGCGUUGAACUUAUGAACGCAGCAGGCCGCAUGUCGACGGACAAGCGCAACGAAGGCCAACUCGUCUGCGACAUCCUGGGCCUCGAAUCGCUCGUCGACGAGAUAACCUACAAACUCGCCUCGACGGCCGCCGACGAACCCACCGCCACCGCCAUCCUCGGCCCCUUCUACCGCCACAACGCGCCCCGCCUGCCCAACGGGUCCUGCAUCGUCUCCGACGCGGUCAACGCACAGGGCGAUCGGACCUGGAUGCACGGCACCGUCUCGGACUUUGCAACGGGAAACCCAAUCGAGGGCGCCGUCGUCGACGUCUGGCACACGGCGCCGAACGGACUGUACGAGCAGCAGGACCCGGACCAACCGGAGAUGAACUUGCGCGGAAGGUUUACUACAGGGAAGGGAGGGGAGUACGAUUUUUACUGCUUGAGACCAGUGCCGUAUCCUAUUCCGUUUGAUGGGCCUGCGGGGAAAGUGCUGCAGGCGCUGGAUCGGCAUCCGUUUCGCCCGGCGCAUAUUCAUUUCUUGAUCACAGCGCCUGGUUACAAACCCAUUGUCACGCAAAUCUUCGACCGCAAGAGCAAGUACAUUGACGACGACUCUGUCUUCGCAGUUAAAGACUCGCUCAUCGUCGACUUUUUGCCUUUUCACGGCGAUCCGAGAGCAGACUUUGAACUUCCGUAUGACUUUAAAUUGGCGAGUUUUGAGGAUGCGAAGAUGUCUUCUGUCGUAGGGGCGACGGAGCAGAGCUCUGGUAGCUGA